AUGGGACUGCUAUGGAAGCAUGGUGAUCUACGACUUCCUGACAACCGAUCAGUUGCAGAAAUACGCUUUCGACAUCUCAGGCGUCGACUUGAACGAGAUCAAGAUUUAAAGAAACAAUACUUGGCGAUCAUCGAUGACUAUGUUGAGAAGGGUUGACCUGCAAGCUUACGCUUGAAGAGACCAAAGUGCGAAGCAACAAGACCUGGGGCCGGUUGUAUACAACUCUUAAUCACUUUUUUAAUCACUAUUUUGUAGUUAAAUAGCGGUUAACUUUAAUCACGUAGUUAACUCGGUUGUAUAGAAAAGUAGUUAGCGUUAAGUGUAGUUAAAACAUAGUUAAAGUUAACGAUGCUUUAAGGUAUCUUUAACUUCUCAAAACGUGGUUAAAAAUGGCGCUUGUAUAGGAGGGAACAACAUUUUGCAGUAAAACAACAAUGAAAAGUAAUGCUUACCUGGGAUUUUCAAUCGCUAUCUUCCCUGUGAAUGUUUUCUGACAAUAUAAACUCUUCAAACGCUAUCGCUUUGGUUUUUCGGCGAAAACAAAAUAUAUUUUUGCACGGUAAGAUUUCUCGAAGACGAUGUAGGGCCCAUUACACGAAGAAACAUUAUAUAUAAUUGCCAAACAGUCACACUUUGGUUUAACGUAGACAUCUCAAGUAAAAAUGGCCUUCUUCGUUCAUUUUUCCUGGUUUUCUAGUUUAUUUUUCACUGUUUUCAAUAAAAUUCCCGCCUAUUUGCAAAACGCGAGUCCACAAUAAUGUUAAAAAUGCUUGUCGGCGGUCGUUAAUCGCUGCUUACUUUAUGUAAUUUUGUGUUUAAAACGCCCCACGCAAGUUAACUACGUGAUUAGUUAAUCAUCCGACAAACUACGUUUGCAACGCAAUUAAGUCGUGUAGUUAACUAAUCAUAGCUAAGGAUUUAACUACAGUGAUUAACGCUAAUCAUAGUUAAAGUUAACGACGUUUUUAUACAACCGGCCCCUGGUAUCUUCCGCACCACCCAGUCCUGAACCCUCCUAAGCCAGGAAAAGUUCGUGCCGUAUUUGAUGCAGCAUCAACCUUUGCAGGAACGUAACUAAAUGAUGAACUCCUUCCAGGUCCAGACCUGAUCAAUAAUCUGGUUGGCAAUUGGCAUUCUGGUACGUUUUAGACAAGAUCCGGUUGCUCUUAUCGCUGAUAUAGAGGCUAUGUUUCACCAGGUGAGAGUGACCCCUGAAGAUUGCGAUGCUCUUCGAUUCUUGUGGUCGGACGGUGAACUCAAUAAGCCUCCGGAAGAGUAUAAAAUGCUUGUCCAUAUUUUUGGUGCGAAGUCAUCACCUUGUUGUGCUAACAAGGCCCUGAAGCAGACCGCAGAUGACAACGAGACGGAAUACGGUAAAUCUGUACAGCUCUGACAGUCGAACAAGCCAUUGAUCUAGCCUGGAAGUUGAUAGCCCUACUACAGGUAGGUGGAUUCCGUCUCACGAAAUUCCUUAGCAAUCGAAGAGAGAUCCUACAAGCAAUUCCAGCCAGAGAAAGGGCAUCCCCUACGCUCGAUCUAGACUUAGACCAGCUACCGAUCAACCGUAUUCUGGGAAUAUGUUGGGACGCUGAAACCAAUGAAUUCUACUUCACGUCCAUUUCCACCAACAAACUUGCAACGAAACGUGGAAUUCUUUGGGUAGUGAGUUCUUUGUUCGACCCGUUCACAUUCCAAGACAGGUUUUCAUCAAGCUUCGUCUGUUUGAGAAAUUUGGCGGAUAGGAUGCCCAUCGAUUGCUAAGCCCAUUGUUACUGUUAGUCAUUAAUUAUCCUGACGCUUUUUUCAUAUGAAUAAACGUUUAUAUUUGUGUAAUGUUUGUCCUUUUUACUAUAAAUCAGGACAGAACCUUUUCAUAAACUAUUAGCAAGAGUAUAUAAAACUUGGAAAACGGAAAUUCGAUGCUAUCGAUAUGAGUAUACGAAACGACCAAGCUUGAGUAUCGUGACCAAACGACGUUGGCGCAAUUACGUGGAUAUGACACGACCAUAAUUCAUACCUUAACGAAUCAUAAGGUCAAUGGGGCACAUUUACUAAUUUGUGGCGAUAGUGUAGUCAGUCACCGUGUUGAGCAGUCACGGAAAUCGGUCCAUCGCGUGCUUGGAUCUUGGUCCAACGGGCAACGGACAAGAAUUAAAGUGAAAAAGGUAUGAUACUGUUUUAAAAUAAGUCCUUAUGAGUUAUGCCGUUAUAUGGUAUAUAAACAUAGAUGGAUACAUGAGCCUUACGGGUACCACUGACUGCAGAUAUGAUACUGAGAUCUGAGUAUUCUAAUAAAAUGCAUGCAUGCUUUUCAGUUUUUCAGUGUACUGUUUGUCAUGAGGUAUGGCCAUUGAAAUCAAAACCUAGGUCACCAGACACUUACAUAUGCUCAUGAUGUGAUAGGGACAAAAAAAUCCCAAAAAAGUUUUCAAAAGAAAAUUCUAUGAUCCCUUCUCCAAUUCCUCCUGAGUUGCAAGGUUUGACUCAGGUAGAAGAGAUGUUAGUUGCUGGUGCACUACCUAUAAUGAGAGUUUAUAUUAAACCUGGUGGCCAACGAGGUUAUUCUGGGCAUUGUGAAAAUCUGCCCCAACAUGUUGAUGAACUUGCAUCUUCAUUGCCACGAUAUCCAAAAGAUCUGUCUGUGAUCAUUGUUAAGAUUAAGGGUAAAGAAAAUACCUUCAAAGAUGUUAAUGUCAGAAGGCAAAAAGUUCUUGAUUCUUUAUUGUGGCUUAAGCAACAUAAUCCUCAUUAUAAAAAUGUACAUUAUAAAAAUUGAUACUCAGGCACUAAAUGAAUUGCCUGUUGAUGGAACACCAUCAAAUCUUUUGACUGUGGAGAUAAAUGAUGACGUUGUCACUCCUGAAACUGUUGGAAAUUAUGUAGGUCCACCUACUGAUAAUUCAUCUGAAGAUACUGUAUAUAGCGAUUCUACUGAAACAAGUUGUUUUUUACCCAUUGGUGAACAACAUCAACAAGAACUAGAUGCUGUAAGAAAUCAGCUCUCUGCUGAAGAACCAAUGUCUUGGCCCACAAUUUAA